AUGAGUAACCAUUCCACCAACAACCAUGGAGACAGCUGCGCUGGAUGUAAUCAGCCAAAUGAAUCGGACAAUUUAGUCCAGUGCGACGCAUGCGAUGCAUGGUGGCAUUUUGGCUGUGCUGGCGUUACCGGAUCUAUCGCCGACCGUUCGUGGAUGUGCACCAAAUGCAAACGACCCUCUCGUGCGUCGUCUAAAGCCAGCAACGCGAGUCGAACUCCAUCGCUAACAGAGAGUAUGGCACGUUUGAGAGAACGCCAAGAGUUGGAGAAACAACGCGCCGAAGUGGAUCUCGAAAAACGAUUCUUGCAACAGCAAAGAGAACUUUUGGAGGCAUCGAUCGCCGCUGAGGAGGAAAGGAGAAGCCAGGUUAGUCAUCGAGAUAGCCAAAAUCGAGUCGUGGAUUGGAUCGAGAAUAGCGCGGAUCCAAAACCAAGCGCAGCAGGAAUUAAUCAACUGCCAGCAGCUUCAGUGGAACAGCAGCAAAAAUCUCAUUCGGGCUCGGAUUUACAACACAGUUCCCCUCUUCGCGAUCGGACUAUUCCUGCAUUUGAUACCACAGAUGACUCCCUGGGGCCCCCUGUCGUAGAUGUUCCCCGAACAGACGCUGAUCAUCAGAUGGCUAUGGGCCUGAUCCAUGAGUUGCGGGUGCGACUAGAACGUUGUCUGCAGCAAUCAGAGCCGACAUCCCCUCAGUUAGCUGAUUUACAACAACAAUUGGAGAUAUGCAGAGGAGAGAUCGAAGGCAUACAUCGUUUAUCAACGGCUCCGACAUCAUACAAUCAGGUAGGAACGAAGAAUGUCGAAUCGACAAUUAGUAACCGUGAUGGCCCACCUUUAAUACGCGGAGCGGCGACGCUCGGCGCUAUUCCAAAACCAAGUCGUAAUGUAUUUCCGACAGGUAAGUGUCAUGCCUCCGAAAAUACUAUUCCUCAAACGAAAUCGUAUCCAACCAUGCAAAUUCCCCUUAACAAGCAGCAGCGCAUACCCGACUCGCGCUCGAAAUUAAUAAAUGACAAUCAAGUGUCUAAAAAACAGACUAGCCAGUGUACCUCUUUCCUUCCCGCAAUAAUGGAAUUAGCACCCCCACCACAGCCAUCGAUGCAGGUGCAACAACAGGCUUUGCAGCAUCAUUCGCUGGAGCGGCCUCCAGUGCAACAGCUUUCAAUGCAGCCGCAGUCGGAGCAACAGUUGGAGCUGCAGCCCUCAGUGAAGCAGUAUUCGGUACAGAAAUCUGUGAUGCAGCAGUCUUCGGUACGGCAGCUUCAAGUUCAACAACCUUUAGUUUCGCUACAGAUUCCAGUACAUCAGCUUCCAGUGCAGCAGCCUCAAAUACAGCAGUCUUCGGUGCAGCAGCCUCAAAUGCAGCAGUCUUCGGUGCAGCAGCCUCAAAUGCAGCAGUCUUCGGUGCAGCAGCCUCAAAUGCAGCAGUCUUCGGUGCAGCAGCCUCAAAUGCAGCAGCCUUCGGUACAGCAGGCUCAAGUCCAGCAAUCUUCAGUGCAGCAGUUUCCAUUACCGCAGAUUCCGGUGCCACAGUCUCGAGAACAACGGGCAUUUGAGCCACAACUCUCAGUCCAGCAGCCCUCAAUGAGCGAUUUCCCAAUACCUUUGCGAGCUCCGCCACCGAACCGGAAUGAAGCAGAGAGAGGAGUAGAGCUUCAGCCUACGCAACAACAGCUAGCCUCACGUCAAUCUUUAGCUCGAGAUCUUCCCAUGUUCUCUGGAGACCCAGCAGAAUGGCCGAUAUUUAUCUCCAAUUUUGAAUACACAACGAGAACAUGUGGCUACACUCACGGAGAGACCCAAGUAGCACUUGUAACAACUCUUAAAUAUAAAUAA